AUGCAAGGCAACAAGAAGGGCAUGGAUGGCCUCAGUGACUCAUCCAGCAUUGGCAGCCUGCUGGACGAUGCAGACCGUGAGGUGAGCAGCCUCACAGAUCGUGCCUUCCGCAGCCUGUGCAUUUCUGAGGACACGGCCUUCAGUGAAUCCCCAGACUUCACUUGCCAGGUGUUGGGGAGCCUCCACCAGGGCACUGUGAGUCACACCCAGAGGAAGAGUGGCAUCUGGAGCCAGUUACCCUCGCAGGGUGGGGAGCAUGCCGGCUGGGCAGCCACACUUCAGCAGCUACCCAAGUAUGUGCAAGGAGAGGAGAAGUACCCCAAAGGCAGCCCCCCACUAACGCCAGUCCAGAGGAAGCUGGAGGUGCCACUUUCUGGCCUGAGAAGCAGCAGCAAGCCUCUUUCCAAAGUAUCAUCCCUAAUUAAGUCCUUUGACAGGCCAGAGAGCCAGCAUAGUGACAUUAGGCCUCCCCCAAGUAAGCCUUCCACUCUGAAAAUUGCUCCCAAGUUUGCUCCUCUUCCAGAAAGCGGUGUCAACUUCUGCUUCGAUUCCGCUUUUCUGACUGUCAGGAGGGUGCCCGCUGAAGUCUCCAGCACUCACCAGAGUGGCCAUCAGCCUGGCAGGAAGCACCAGGAGCAGGAAUCCCCAAAGAACCCUGAAAUGUCCUGUCACAGCUCCAGCACCUUCCUCCCAACCCCCAAUGUCUCUAGCUCCUCAGAGUCCAGGUUCCAUUCCCCAGCCCACAAGACAGUCAAAGGGGAGCCUGGGAAAGGCAAAGAGUGGGUUCCCAAAGGGACCUUCCUUCACAGUGAAAACAGUGCUUUUGAGUCGUGGGAUACCCUCCAGCCACGGCUACUACAGAGAAAAGACCCUACUGAGGUCCCAGAAAGCAAAGGGCCCAAACAUUUCCAGGAGGUGCCCCUGCUAAGAGAACCCCAUCUGCCUGAACACAAAGUCUCCCCCAGCCAAAUGCUGCCAGGCUUUAGUCAGGAAGAGAGCCAGCAGCACACUGGGACUCUCUCCACAUCUGGACCCUGGGACUCAAGGGACCCUGGGACCCAGGUGUUCACAAUGGAGAGGAAAGCCUCUAGCUCCCAGCCUGACCCUCCACUGAAAUCAAUCCAGGCUCCAUGGAGAAAACCGAAGGCCAGCAAGACAGGCAAAGAAAGUCUACAAGAUGCUUCAGAAGAAACAAAACAGCCCUACAAGAGGGCACCCCCUUUGUAUGUAAAGCAGACACUCGAAGGACAGUUUCCUGAAGCUGAAGCUCCUGACCUACCUGUAGACCCCAAUGAGCGCUACACUCCUCCUUUUAACAUCAGUGAGCUUCUGACACCCAUUCUACCCACCAAGCAUGUCCUGGACUCGUUGAACAGCCAGCCAACAGAGAAGAUUCCAUCACCCCCAGGACAGCCCAAUGGAUACCAAGAGAAGGAGCCAGGUGAGGGCCAGUCCUGGGACAAUUACAAAUCCAAAGCCCCUAACCUGCUCUUCAAUCUCAAAGAUGUUCGUAAGCAUGUGAAAAACAUCUAUAGUCCCAAUCCUCUCUUGAAAGGCCUUGAUGAAAAGCCCAGAGAUAAGGUCGAAGACAAGCAAGAGAUUGUUAGCAAUGGAGUCAUCCUCCCUGUCAGGACAGUUGAGGACAAUCCUAGAGCAGAACCUAGUGGUUCAUCUGCAGACAUGUUUGGAACUCUUAGCUCAGCUCCAGCUAGCACCAAAGCCCCCUUUUGUGUCAAUGGGGAGACUGUGGAGACAGGCAGCUAUGAGGAGGACAAUGCCUAUGGAGAGGCAAAGCUGAAUCCCACCAAGCCAGGCUGGGGCCUGGACUCCAACAAGCACAUCCUCAGGAGGCAAUUCUCACUGAAGCUCUCUAGCCAAGAGCCCGAGGCUUUGAAAGCUGCUGAGAUGCCGCAGGCCCACCAGCUACAGAAUGGGUUUUCUAGAUCAGUCUCCCAAGACUCAGAGCCUGAUACAGAGGCAGGUCUGCAGAACCCAGACUCCUACCAGAAGCCCUCUCCAGGGCCCCUUUCUCCUGAGGAGGAAGAUGUAUUUUAUAGUGACAGCCAGUCUGAUUUUAUGCCAGGUCUCCAAAGCAAGACUAAAUUAAGCACCAGUUCUUCAGAUCAAUCCUUUGCCUCAUUCGAAGAUCAACAGAAGAUGUUGUGUGCCGAGAGUCAACAGACAAACAGGAAGAAUGAUAUGAGUGUAAGUGACAGUCAGAGGGAUGAGAAGGAGAGAAUGUUGGGAAAAGACAGGCAGCAGAUGCCCUUAAGUAAUGGGCAUGUGUGUACAGAUGAGAACAGCAAGGGGGAAAGGUUGGAAAAAGAUGGUGAGAGUUUGUCUGAAGGAAGACCAAGGAAGGUAUCAACAGAAGCAAAUUUCAGAGGCUCUUGUGUUGGAGGAACUAAGGCUAUGGCCCUUUCACAUACCAAAGAGUUCACAGAGGCACCGUCUUCCACUUUGAACAAGCAUUCGCUAUUUUUGAUUAAAGACAACACCCUCAGGACGACUCCUGUAAUCAAGCCCAUCACACUGCCCCUCCUGAGGACUCUAUCAUCAGAGGAUCCCACCAGUGGUGGCCGGAAAGAAGCGGAAUCCCCAAGGCUAGCUAAGGAUCCUGGUGUCUGUGCUCCAGAGAGCCAAGGAAUGCCCAGCACCCCAGCACCUGACCACCCACUGCCCACUAACAUGCAGGACUCACCCUGGAAGCAUAAAGCCCACCAGGGUCCAGAAGACCUCCUGCAGGUAGCCAGCACAGCCAAGACAGGAGCCUUGCAGUCAUCUGUAAAGGGGGCUCUCCCAUCUCCUCCACUGGUGGGAGAUGGUGAUAGAAUGAGGCCAUCCCCAGGUGUGGCCCCUAAAGUUGUGGGGAACAAUGGCAGGAGGAGCUCCACAGACCAGGUGAGGUUGAAUGCUCCAAGGUGCAUGCCACGAAUCACUUUCCCAGAAGAUGACACAGAAGACAAGACAAGCCCACACUUACUGGGGAUGUGUUGGGAAGAGCCAACAGGAGGUUUCAAAAGUACCUUUUUGUCCACACCCAGAGCAGGGGCCCUAAGGAAAAGACUGAUCCCCGGUGAGAUGGUGACUUCUCCCAACGCCAGUUCCCUAGAGGGAGAGAGCAUGUAUUCUCCCACCAGCAGCAGCGUCCCCAGUGAGCUGAGUAUGCUGCCUCAAGAGGACCUGCCCAGAACCAGCCCCAGGGCUCGCCUCUGCCCUGCACCAGGCAUCCAGAGGGAAGAUGUGACCCACGCCUUGUUAUGGGAGGAGGCCUCUGACCCCCAACUUGAGACAAUGGCAUUAGACCUCAGGUCUUUAUCUCCCAGAGGUUCCCUUGUGGACAUGACCAGCAGCUCAGCAGGUCUUCCAGAGAAGCUGGGACCACCUGUGCAGCCAGAGAGGUCUGUAGGCAAGCCACCUGCCGUCCCACCCAAAAGUGAGAAGGCCCUUCGACGGGCGAAGAAGCUGGCCAACAAAAAGAAAAAGACUGAUCAGGGACAAGAGAGACCUACUGAGUCCUGGGAGGAGCGAACCUGGUCCAAGGAUAUAAAGAGGGCCGGGCACAGGGCACUGUCCCCGGAAGAGAUGCCUUGGCAACCCAGUUUCCCUGCAGUCCGGUCCCUGCCGCCUUCCACACACCGCCACUCUGUAUCCAGCUUCUCAGAGCACAGCAUGAUGUGGCCCAGGGAACCUCCGCUGGCCAAGCCCCUGCUUCCAUGCCCUGCCACACAGAAGGUCCUCCAAGAUCCCCAGUCUGGGGAAUACUAUGUCUUUGACUUGCCACUUCAGGUGAAAAUUAAGACCUUCUAUGAACCAGAGACAGGCCAGUAUUUCAAGGUCCCUAUCCCAUCCUCAGCAGGGGGCUCCCCAGAGCCCCCUCUGGCAGCAGAGGCACUGGAUGACCAUCCCCUGCUGUUGGCUGGCUUCCAGCCCCUGCCUGUGACAGCCUUGACACCUCUGCGGUGUGCCUCCCAGCUCUCUACUCCCACCUUCCUGUUGUCAAGCCCUCCCGUCACCAAGGUGGCCACUGUUGGGCACAAGGACCCCCACAAGGCUGAACUGCAGUGUGUCUCUCAGGCCUCCCGGGACUCCACCCAGAAUAUACCCGGCCAGUACCCCAAAGGGCCUCCCCAGAGCUCACAAGAGGAAGGCAGAGAAGCUCCAAGCCUAGAGAUCAUCGCCAUCAAUGACUUAGAGGAUUUUGUCACUGAAGACUUUUCUUGA